UGGCCACUAGCAGUCCAGCUGCGUGUGAUAAGUGAAUCGUGUCCAAGAUGAAUUUCUCCGUAUUUGGUAUCAUCCUGAUUGCACUAAAAUUAACCAGUGCGUUCAGCGAUAGAGUUUUCCGACGUGAUGUUCCAGCUGAAGAAAAUCUGCGCGACAAUUGGUACAAUAUGGAUCAAGAACUAGACGGGUCUCACCCCGAUCAGGGUAUCGCCCCAGCGCACUUCAGUAUCAAUCUCCACAUGGAGUUCCCUCAGCCUUCCCGAGAAGGAGAGAAAAUGACACCAAUUGUCAAGAAUCCAAUGUGGAUUGACAAACUGGCCAUCAUCAAGGCUCCACCAAUGAUGCCAACGAUGCUGGAAGAUCCCGUAGACGACAUCAUCCCUAUAAAUUACAGAAGUCGCUCAAUGGAUCGCGAUGCUUACCAGAUGAUGAAGAUUCGCCGACGUCGGUCAACACAGCAGAACACCAAAAAAUCUACUCGUCAGUCAGACAAAAAGUCCAAGUUCAAGGCUUGGUUGGAGAGUAAGAUGGAUAAGAAGCUGGGUGAGAAAAUUUCCGAGAGGUUUAGUAAACUCAAGAAGCCAGCCUUGAAUCGCCAGACCCGUUCAGUGGAGCAGAAUCACAUCACAGAGAGUAAGGAAGAGGAGGAAAAUCGUAUCAAUAGGGCAUCAAACUGUUCAAAUUGUGGAGGACUCAACCAGGCAUGUCCAUUUUGUCAUUCUCCCUUCCUAAUUGGACCAAUCUAUCCACCUCGACCACAAUUCAUUGAAAUUGUCAAUGGUGAACCAAGGACCUACAUUCCUGGAUCACAUCCCUCAAGCAUCGUAGGAGCAUCUCCACGAUAUAUUUACGAUCAACUUGGUCACAAGUAUCUGGAACGGGAUGGAAUGCUGCAAAUUCUUCCACCACCUAUUGUUGACUCCCCAAUUGUUGCCAUACCACCUAACUAUGACUACAUGCAGAUGCUGUCUGAAACAAUUCAGAGAUAUCCUCACUUCCAUACAUCUCACCGACUUGAAGAUGGUUAUCUCACUGAUGAUCUUAUUCAACAAACCAAGGAUGUUCUGGAUCUCAUCAAGGGUCUCACAAAAUCCCAAAACUAUGACAAAAAUCAUCAGAAGAGACAUACACAUAAGUACAAUGCCAAUAAGGAUGGUGUUACAGAAACAAUUGUUGAGGAAGAUGAACUGCAUGCCCUUCUGAUGGAAGAUGAGCAAGACUUUGAGAAGUACCUGAAACAGAUUGGAUACAACGGCGAUAUUGGAACAUUCGAAAUGCCAAAUAUGGAGACGAAUGACCAAAAUCCAGUAUCUCAGAGUAUCUUCUACGAUACUUCCAUGAGUGCUAGCCAACUCACUGUUCCGAGUGCAAAGAAACCCCAGCACCAUACAUCAGGAACAACCCUUAAGCAAGGUAGUCAGGUGUAUAAGCACCAUUAGAAUAUUACUACAUGCGAUAUUAAUAAAAUGAUAGGUGAUAAAAAAAUUUCUUAUUCUUGUUCUUAUUUCAUUUGAAGAUGAAUAAAGUUAAUGAAUUAAAAAA